AUUGUCAGAGUGUCAACCUUAUUCCUCUCAGUCUCUCACUGUUCUCAUUCCCUUCACCAAACCCAUUUCAAUAUAAAUACUCCAAACUUUUGAACCGUUUUCCAUUCAUUCAUUUCCAUCACUCACACCCCUUCAAAGAUUACACAACACAAACUGACAUAACAUCCUUAUUUUCAUCAAAUAUUUUUCAUGUUUCUGUGAAGACCCAACAACAACAAAAUCAGGUAGAUUAGCCAUGUCAGAUGAUCAAUUUCAAGCGAGUGGAAACUGGUGGGAAUCAGCAAGAAACGUGAAGUUCGAAAGUGGGGAAUCACAGUCUUCAUCUUCUGGACUCACCAACAUGGGAAACUAUGGUUGGCAAAACCAUGACAUGGCAAGGUCUUCCUCUGUGGAUAACUCUGCCUCAGGUGGUUCCACUGUGGUUUUCCAUGACCAGAAGCAGCUUCAGCUUCAGCAUCAGCAUCAUCAGCAUCAUCAUCAUCAUCAUCAUGACUCAGCCACCUCCACCAAUGACCCCAACUUGCACAUGAUGGGCUUGGGCCUCUCAUCCCAAGCCAUGGACUGGAAUCAAGCAUCUUUGCAGCUGAGAGGUGAGAAGGGUUCAGAUAACAGUUUCAGGUCGAUGUUGCAAGAGAAUUUGAGCUCACCAGGGAGCAGUUUUCAGCAAGAGAGUGGGAACAACAACAAUAUUGGGUUGUCUCAUCACCAUCAUCAACAAGUUCAUUGGAGGCCAGAAAAGUUGUUCUCUGCUGAGUCAUCAAGCAAUGAUCAAUUCAAGAGGGGUUUCUCUUUGGACCAAACACAGUUCAGUAGUCCUCAAUACAGCUCUGGGGACAGCACUGUCACAAGCCAAGGUUUGCCUUGUUCUUUUCAGAUGGACUAUGUUGGCAACCCUUCUUCAAUAUUGCAAGGGCUUUUGGGACAAGAGAGCAACAACAGCAGCAACAACAACAACAACCAACCCCACCAAGGUGCUGGUGCCAUGAAUUUUCCUUACUCAGCUACUACCUAUGGAUUAAACUCCAAUAUUGAGUUGGUUCCUUCUUGGUCCAAAGUUCCUCAGUUUCUGAGAGCUUCACCACCAAAACAACAACCCAAUAACCAGCUGCAUUUCACCAACAACGCUCCCUUUUGGAACGCUAAUUCUGAUCCUGCUAUCAAGGAUGCAAGAUCCAGCUUCAUCCCCUCGUUGCAACCACCCUUCUCCACAUCAAACUUCGACGUACAAUCAAAGAAUAUAUGUGAUGUUAGAGACUCAGGUGGUGUGGUGAAGAAAAGUGGGGGUGAGCCAGCACCCAAAAGGCCGAGGAACGAAACCCCAUCUCCUUUGCCAGCUUUUAAGGUGAGAAAAGAGAAGAUGGGGGACAGAAUCACUGCACUCCAACAAUUGGUUUCACCUUUCGGAAAGACUGAUACAGCGUCAGUGCUCUCUGAAGCCAUUGAAUAUAUCAAAUUUCUCCAUGAGCAAGUCACCGUGUUAAGUACCCCAUAUAUGAAAAGUGGUGCUCCCAUACAACAUCAGCAGAGUUCUGGUAAAUCAAAGGAAUCAGAGGGUCCAAAGCAAGAUCUUAGAAGCCGAGGGCUAUGCUUGGUGCCAGUUUCUAGUACAUUCCCAGUGACUAAUGAACAACCAUUUGAAUUUUGGAAUCCAACAUAUGGAGGAACAUACAGAUAGCUAAUUAAAUAUUAAUGGGAAGCAAAAGUGGCACGGAACCAGUACUCUCAUCAACUAGGACAUAAUGUCUUAUCAAAACCUAGCCAAGUUGGGAAUGAUAAGAUCAAAGAAACAAGAGAGAAGACAGCCACAUAAAUAUGUAAAGUUAUAGUUAGUUCUGCUAUUUAAUAAAAGGAUAUAGAGGCAUGCACAAUGAUGAAGGGUAAGGUAUAAUUUGGCAAAUUUUGGGACCAUUAGUAUAUAUAUAUAUAUAUAUAUAUAUAUAUGUUUAAGUUGUUGUAAUAAUUGAAGAAUUAAUUACAUAUGUGCACACAAGGGGGUGUGUGUGAUUAGGAUCAGUGACAAAUUUGAGUUGCGGAAAAUAGGGAAAUUGUGGUUCUAAUUAGCUAGAUAGAAAAAAGGAGCUUUGUUAAUUUCUUCUUCUUAUUAUAUACUAGCUAAAGCUUUGGUUGAAGCAAAAGGAAAAAAAAACUAAUUUGAAGGAAUCAUUGAAAUAUAGAAGAGUGAGUGAGUGUGGGAUAUGUCAUUUGAUUGGAAAUCUCACUUUUGAUUUGUUUAUUUCUUUAGAAUAUGUAAGUGGAAGUCAGAGGGUGGCCCACACUACCCCUUUCAGUUUUUGUUUCAAAAUUGAGUUCAAAUUUAAUCAAUCUUAUAUAUAUAUUUUGGAGAUGCUUGCA